GUUCUUCCAUCCGUCCCGUCGUCCGUAUGUCGUAUUUGUUGUAAAUGCGUUUGCGCUUGAUUCAGCUGUUGCCUUCGUGCUCAGACUAGUGUAUGUGUUUGUUCGUACAUGCGACGACAACGACGGUAGUAUCGAGAAACGCGAAUUCUGUUCGUGGCACAAUCGAGACACCGACGAAGGCCUCGCCGACGAAAGCCGCCGACGGCAGCCGACGUAGCGCAAUGACAGGGUUUACGGAGAGCGCCCUGGUCAAACGGCUGAUGGACUUAAACCCAUCGCAGCAGAGUAUUCAAACCCUUUCGCUCUGGCUGAUACAUCACAGAAAGCACCAUCCGACUAUCGUUAAAAUCUGGUUCAAGGAGAUGUGUAAAGUGAAGGACCAUCGCAAGUUGAUGUUUAUGUAUCUGGCAAAUGAUGUUAUUCAAAAUAGCAAGAAGAAGGGGCCAGAAUUUGGGAAAGAAUUUGAGACAGUCCUGCCAAAGGCCUUUGAACACAUGAAGGGUUUCGAUGAGAAAACGAGAGAACGAUUGAAUAGGUUACUGCAAAUCUGGGAGGAAAGAGGGGUUUAUGAUAAAGCACAGAUAGCUGAAUUUAAAGUGGCUUUUGCAGAAUCUGAAAAGGAUUCUAUACCACCACCGAAAAAGAAAGCGAAAAUUGAAGUAGAAAAACUAAAGAAGGAGAAGAAAGAGAGAAAAAAGUCAGAGACUGAGGUGGAGGUGGACGGUACCAAAGAGCUUCAUGUAACUUUAAGCCCAAGAACUCCUGGCGGUGAUCCACCAGAAACUGAGGAACUCAUCAAGGCCUUAAUGGAUCUAGAAAACACUGCGUCCUCGGACGCUGGUGUCAGAGAGCGUAUUGCGUCUUUGCCGCCGGAAGUCUCGGAGGUUUCGUUACUCGCGAAUCUCGCCGAUCGUACAGCCGCGGAUCAAUUGAGCGCAGCAGUGAACGAAGCUGCUGCUCUUCUUGCUGACUACAAUGGACGAUUGCAGGCCGAGAUGGAGGACAGGAGAAGACUGUUAACGAUGCUGCGAGAUUAUACUCUAGCACAGAGGCAGCUACUUCAACAAGCUCAAAGCACUCUAGAAGACUAUAAAGAGAAGCUUAAGAAAGUGUGUGCAGUUCGGUCAGAGGUAAAGUCUCAUAUUUCGAAUCUUCCUGAUUUAACACAACUGCCUGAUGUGACUGGCGGUCUGGCGCCUCUUCCCUCUGCCGGUGAUCUGUUUUCCAUGCACUAGUGCUAAGUUUAUGAGCGCAGUUGGACAAAUGUAAGGUUUAUACAUUUUCAUCACUUCGGUUUACAUGGAUGUAGGCGAAAAUUCAUUGAAAGAGAUCCACAGUACAAUAGAUUUGUACGACAAAAUAUAUGAAGAAUUGUAA